CGGCACAUCGCUCAGCAGGCUGUGUUCAAGUUAGUUUGGUGCGUGCCCGCUGUGGUGAUGGGGGCAGGGGUUGGUGAUUUGUGGCCUGGUAUUUCUGCUUACAGGAAACGAAGAGCUGUCAAGGAUGUGAGGCCUAUGCGAUCAGUGUUGUAGACUAUUGGAGUUCAAACCACAAAGAUGGCGGUGCCUGUUGGAGAAAGCCAAAUCCAAAGGAUAAUCCGAGACCUAAAGGAUGCAAUUUCAGAAUUAAAUCGAGAACACAAGGAAAAUGGUGAGCCAAUCACUGAUGACAGUACCAACUUGCACAAAUGCUGCUUAAAACUAGAGUACCUCCUUCAGUUUGACCAGAAGGAGAGAACUACUUUUCUCGGCACCAGGAAAGACUACUGGGAUUACUUCUGCAAUUGUUUAGCCAAGGUGAAAGGAGCUAAUGAUGGAAUUCGCUUUGUGAAGUCUAUCCCAGAGCUGAAAACCUCUCUUGGGAAAGGUCGAGCAUUUAUUCGGUAUUCCUUGGUCCAUCAACGCCUGGCUGAUACGGUCCAGCAAUGCUUGAUGAAUGUAAAAGUCACAAGUGACUGGUAUUAUGCCCGAAGUCCAUUGCUAAUAUCUCAUCUCGGUUCUGACAUUAUCGAUCACCUCUAUGAGCUGAAUGAAGUGCAGUUUGACUUGGCUUCUAGAGGACACGAUUUGGAUGCUUCUUGGCCAACAUUCGCACGGAGGUCUUUCAGUUUAUCUCAUUCUCCAUCGCAUCUUUGGAAACCACCAAGUAGAUGUUCAAGUGUAAGCAGUUUGAUCAGCAACUACUCACAAGCUCCAGACUCUUUAUUGAAUCCAGAGAUAAACAACCCAUUGAUGGCAGAGCAGCUGGAAACCUUUGAUGAGUUACGUGCUGAACUUGAUCAGUCUGAUAUAAAGCAGAGGGAGAUGCAAGAGAAGAUCCAGCAGAUGGAACUGGAGAAGGAACAGUUACAAAGGACAAUAACUUUGAAUGAGCAAACUGCAGAAGCUAUGAAGAAAUCAACUGCUCAUACCAUGGAAGAAAAUCAUAAACUGAAGCAGAUGUUGGAAGAGUUGAAUCAGAAUUUUGCAGGUUCUGCUUUUGCUCAAGAAAUUGUUAAGGAAUUUCAAAAAUCAUUGCAGAUAUUAGAAGACGGUUCCAUUGAAAAACAGAAGGAGCUUCAGAGGAAGGUUUUGGAGCUAGAAGACUGCACAGCAAAGUUUCAGUCAUUAACACAAGAACUGGAGAGGAUCAGGAUUUCUGAAGAGACCAAAACUGGCAUUGUUAAUGAGCUUCAGACCAAGCUAAUUGCAGCAGAACAAAAGAAUGCAGAGCUGCUCGCAAGAAUAGAUAGUAUUUUGACUGAAAAGGGGCAACUAACAGCAACCCACUAUGAUUCAGCACAGAAGAUCCAGGAGCUUCUUGACAAGCUGAAUGAGGCUGAGUGGGAGGAAAUUGGCUUGCAGAGAUUAAGCAGUAUACAGCAGUCUCAGCUGAACAAGUUAAAAAAUGAUUUGGAAUCAAAAGAGUCCUUAAUAAAUGAGCUUGAGUUGAAGCUACAAGAGGCAGCUUCAAAUCUUCAGGAGAAAAAUGCUAUACUUGCAAACAAAGAUGAAGAGAUAGAAAGUACCCUGAAUAAGUUGAAAGAAAUUAAAAAUGUACAAGAAAUGGACACUACGGAUCUUGAAUCAGGGCAGAAGUCUGUUCAGGAAUUGAGAAAAGAGCAAGAAGAAAUGCAAAUCAAAUAUAAAGAAUUAAAGAUCACUUUAGAGGAACAAGCAAACACUCUUUCCAACAAUCUGAAAGCCAAAGAAUCGGAAUUAACUGCUGCUCAUAACCAGGUACAAAAUCUUCUGGAGAUUCAGAAUACGCUUUUAGGUGAGAAAGAAGAUCUUACAAAAAAAACACAAGAUUUAGAAGAAAUGCUCGCCAAACUGAAGACUAGGACAGAAGAUCUUAAUGUUGAAUAUCAGAAAUUGCAAGUUGAGAGGGAGAAACAUCACCAGGUUGUGCAGAAACAUGUUGAAAGAGAGGAAGAGUUGGAGAAGGUGUGUUUAACUCUUGAAACUGAGAUAGACAAAUUGAAUGCAUCAGAGAUGCAAUUGCAGGGCCAAAUAGCGGAUGCUAUGGUGACAGUGGAUGAAAAGGAAACAAGGUUAAGGGAAGAAAACAGGCAGUUAAAUGAGAAACUGCAAUGUGCUCUCAGGCAGGUUAAGAGAGCAGAAGCAAAGCUGGAAAAGAAUCAGGUGGAAUUUGAUGAUUUGAAAGCAGAAAAAAAUAAGUUGAACGACUGCUUGCUAAACCUCCAAGGAUGUUGCCAGGCUAAGGGAGAACUGAUUUCAGACCUGCAGAAUAAAUUGGUUGAAUCAAAGCAGAAUGAACAUGCACUUGUUUCCCUUCUAGAUAAGAAGGAAGGUGCUUUGCUUGAAAAGGUUAGCGCAUUAAAGGAGUUUUCCGAAAAGAUUGAGAAAAGUCAGGUAGCUAUAGAGGCUUUGGAGAGAGAAAAGUUGAAUCUUGAGAGUAACUUUAAGCAGCAGAUGGCACUUUCAGAAAGCCUAGUACUUGAGCAAAAUGCAGUAGUGGAAGCUCAGCUACAGGCGAGAGAGCUUCAGGAGAAAGAAAUGCAGGAGAUAAAUGCAAAAUUAAUUUCAAUUAAAAAUCAGCUUGAAAUCCAGCUGGCAGAAGUGACCAGGUUCAAGGCAGAGAGUGAAGAGCUCAAGUCAAAGCUUAAACAGGCACUCGAGGAAAAGGAAAGUAUAUGCAGUAAUCUAAAACUUUCAGUAUCUUCCAAGGAAGAAUACAGAGCUUUGGUUCAAAAUCUAAAAGAGCAGAUACAAUCAAUCAAUCAUGAUCAUGCUGAGAAACUCUUGCUGAUUAAAGAAAAAGAAGAUUGCCUUAAAAAUGAAAGGGAGAAGUCAGUGCAACAGGUAAUUGAACUUGAGGAACAACUUCUGACUGCUAAGGAAGAGUUGUCCCAGUUGAAACAAUAUAUUGAAAAGAUUGAUCUUGAAAAUGUGGAGACCAAAGAUCUACUCCACAGGAUGAACACUGAAAUUGCGGAACUUGGUAUGCAGAUUUGUACACUCAGUGCAGAAAAAGCUGACGCUGAGAAGAAAUAUAUUGAAGUUUCUCAACAGCAAAUAGCAUUCUGCGAGGAGGUCAAAGCAGAACAAAACCAACUGAAUCUUGAUGUUUCCAAACUCAAGAGUGAGAAGGAACAGCUGCUGGAAGAGUUAAGGCGAUCGAAAGAGUCCGAAACAACUAUCAAAGAGCUGCAGAGAAAUCUAGCACAAGCCCAACAGCAAGCAAAGGGCUGCCAAGAAGCUGCAAGAGAAGAAUUGUCUGCAGUCAAAUUUCAGAUGAGUGGAGAGAUGAUGGAUUAUCAGAAUAAACUAAAGACUGUUAAUGAAGAGUUGGAGGCUGUGAAAAAGGAUCUUAAUGGGCGACAAACCCAAAUAAUGUCAAUUAAUAAACAACUCGUCGAAGUUCAGGAUUGUAAUCGCAAAUUAAUGGAUGAAGUGGAACAAAAAGAACAAACAAUUGUGGAUUCACAAUUAUUGAGAAAUGAAAAAGAGGAGAAGCUAAGAUCCCUUUCUGAAAAUUUAAUCAGUACUCAGCAGGAAUUGGAAAAUGUAAAGAAGGAGCUCGAAGAUUACAAAACACACCUUCAGAAGACGCAAGAAGAGACUGAGAGAAAUGAACAAAAACUUGUGGCUGAAUUAGCUGACUUGAACAGGACUAAAGAGUUUUUGGAAGAGCGCUUAAUCGAACUCAUUAAAGACAAGGAUGCCCUGUGGCAAAAAACAGAUGCAUUGGAAUUUGAACAAAAGCUCCGUGCAGAAACCCGAUGGCUUGGUGACAAGGAGGUUAACCACUGUCUGGAUUGCCAAAGUCAGUUUACAUGGUGGUUACGUCGGCAUCAUUGCAGGAUUAGGUGUUGCAUAACCAGAGGAAGCAGUACCCUGUAUAUGAGGACAGGAACAUCUGUAAUACCUUACCUCGAUACAUGUGACGUAUUUGCCAUGAUUGAGACUAUAAGCAGCAGAGGUGUCGAAACCUAAUUCUCUUUCUCUCAUCUCGCUUUCCCUCUCAUCCCAUGACCUCUACUGAUUUAUAAGCUGCAGACUGUGGAGGUUUGCACUUCCUGCCUUCCCCCACCACAACCUAAACCUUGAGGUUUCGAUCUCUCAAAUAUACAUAAAUUAUAUGUAAAGCCACUAUGGAGAAACAAGAAGGUAGUUAGGAGGAAGAAAUGCCAUCAGUUGCUAUUGCACCUACAUUCACUACUCAGAUACUGGCAUGUACUUUAGAGGAUAGCUUAGGGGUGCCCAUUCCGACACACUAGUCAGGAGUGACCUGCUAUUCGAGCACAGGACAGGAAUCGGUUAGGGACUAGCUCCCUGGUGGGCUCUAGGCAAUCUAAAUGAAGACUUUAGCCUACAGAAGAAGACUAAUAGGAAUGCAAAAUGAAACACAUUGAAAUGGUGUACAUGUUGCAGGCACCGUUUCAGAUGUUAAAAAGCACUCAAUAAUGUGAACAAUUGAGUGCUAUCAAACCAAGUUUUACAGUUACAGCCUUUGGCUGGACUUUAAUCCCCCGAAAAGGAGCUGCCUUCCCACCAUAUUUCCGAAACCCAUAGGAUCACAAAGCCUCCACACCCACAUUAGUGACAACUGCUUUAGUAACAACUACAUUAUACACGUGUAAUUGAAACAUUCUCAUUGUACCAUUGACAUCCCCACAGCAGUCUCACCCACAACCAAUUAGCCAUUUCCUAGUAACCACAUCAAUACAUGUUCCACAUGAUAUCCACAUGUUCUGUUAAUGACAUCCACUUUAGUGAAUUACUCAUGAAAAGACACUGGAUUUCAAUGUUCCAUUGUCUUAAUUCCCAAAAAAACGAAUCACAUUAGUAUUCCCAUGUCACAAUGCAUUCAUCAGCGACGCUUACCUCCUCUGUAGUAAUUACCAUAUUAUGAUAUUACAAAGACACAUCAAUGAUAACUUGGAUUACAGACUUUCCUGAACAUGGAUUUUAAUUGCCAAUUUUCAAUAUCUGUUUUUUACUUUAGAUACUAAGUCUUUAUUUUAAGGAUAAGGGGCAAAUUAGGACGAUGUUUGUUUGAAGUUCACAGAAACUAGGACAAUUAACUAGAAUAUAACAAAACAAUUCUUAUAAAAAUGUGUUCCAGUGGAGAGACGUUUGCAGGGACGUAAAGCAUUUUAGAAGUUAAAUACAUUCCUAAUUUGUGUGAAUGAAAUACACUCUGAAAUACUGAUGACUGAAUGUUAUGCUUAAACUGACACAUCACCAGCAUAGCAUAAUUCAAUCAUUAUUUAAAUUCUGACAGAAACGUAAAACAGUUGAUGUUAAAAUUUAACUUCACAGCUGAAUUGUUACAUUGCAGUUAUUGUAUGCAGUUUGUCUUUUUUUUUAGAUAGCUUUACACCUUAGAAAGGCUUAUAGGUGCAUUUCAUUUUGUCUUCCUUCCUCAAGAGAUCACCACUAUUCCACAUAAAAAUUGUCCUAAAUGUUCAAAUCAUGAUGCACAUUUUCAAACCUUGUGUUUUACCUCCAUUGUUUGCUUACUUGAGUCAUCUGAAUGUUUGAUCAGUGAUGUACUUCACACUUGUGCUUGAGCAUGCUGCUUAUUAUUUGUAAAUGUUAUUUCAUUUUGUGGCAUAUGAAUUAGGAAUAGAAAUAGGCAUUUGGCUCUUCAAGCUUGUUCUUCCAUUCAUUAAGGUCAUGGCUAAUGUCUUUAUGUUCUGAAUUCUGCAUUUUCAUCCACCCAUGAUAACCUGUGAUUCCCUUGUCUAACAAAAAUCUAUCUACCUCUAUCCUAAAAAUAUUUACUGACCUGGCCUCCUCUAUCUCCUGAUGCAAUGUUCCAAAGUCAGACUGCCUUCUGAGGAAAAUAAAAUGUCUUAUCUCCAUCCUAAAAGGGUGAUCCCACAUUUUAAAACUGUUCCAUAGUUCCAGGCAAACCCAUGAAUUAUCUUUUUUAUAUCCGGCUUUAUCAAGACCAUUCUUAUAAACAUGAAUGAAAUUACUCCUCGCUGUCCUAAACUGCAGUCAUAAUAAGCAUAGCCUGUCCAAUCUUUCCUCAUAAAACAACCUGCUCAUUUCACUUUCAAGCAUCUACUUCCUCAUUAGCCACAUCUUUAUAAGAUCCUGAAAUGAAAUCCUUCAGGACCUAGGGACAUGCCAACUAGCAGUUCUAUUAGUUUGCUCACUGCUUCUUCUGUAGUGGUGUCAUCAAAGUUCUUUUCCACCACCUGGUUCAGGCAUGCUACUGGGAUGUCAUUUGUACUCUCUACGGUGAAAACAGAAAUAAAAUAUUUAUUCACUGUGUCUGCUAUUUCUUAUCUAUUAACUCCCCAUUCUGGCCCUCUAAAGGAACAAGGCUCACUUUUCUUAAUCUUUUCCCUUUUAGACACUUAGUGAAAAUGUUGGUAUCAUUUUUACUUUUGUAGUUAGCUUUCUUUCAUUCUCUGUUUGUCCUGAUUAUUGUUUUAGUCAUUCUUUGCCAUUCUUUGUACCCUGACCAGUUACCUGACCCACAAUUCAUCUUUGUGCAAUUGUAUGCUUUCCCUUUAGGUUCAUGGCUUUAUUUAAAAUGUCUUUCAUUAACCAUAGAUAGUGGUUCCUCCCCUUAGAAUUAUCUUUGUAGUGGGAUUGUAUUUAUUCUGAGUAUGCUGAAAUAUGCCCUUAAAUGCCGGCUACUGUUUUUCUACUGAUGUAUAUCCUUGUCUCAUAUCCCAGUUCACUAGCUAGCUCAGCUUUCCUGACCCCACAGUUUUCUCUUUUUAAUUUCAAAAUACUUGUCUUAGACCCACUCUCUCCAUUUCAACUGGUGAUAUAAAAUUCUAUCAGAUUAUAAUCACUGUUAUCUAGAGAUGCCUUUACACUGAGGUCAUUAGUUUCUCCCUUCUGUGUGUAAAAUCACAAAGUUAUUUAAUACCUUGGGUCACAUUACCUCUCUCAAGGUGUUGGAAGUCAGUUCUUAUAAAUGCAUACAUUGUAUUAGUAUCAUCAUCG